UCGGCGAUGCUACCGAAGCGACCGCCACAAUAUCUAUUGCCAGGGAGACCGAAUGAAUAUAAGAUCGCUGUCUGUGGGUAUACGUCGGAUUCGGGGGGUAAAAAUCUACAGGCAGAAUGGUAUUCCAUUAAGGUUCCGAACCCAGACCCACACCAAUACUCAGACUACCUAUCCUUAAUCGGAAAGAUGGCAAUUUAUCCCUCAAUCGCAAAGAGAAAAAUGGGUCCAUUUUCUUCGUCAAAGAAAAAAAAAAAGGUAAAAAUUAAUCCUCCUUCGGCAAAGGCAAAUGAAAAGGGAACAAUUGAGACGGAACCGCUCCAUCCGUUUUCGGUAGACAGGAUGAUGCACCAAAGCACGCAACAUGCAUUCGUUGACUUUAUGGAUCCGCUCGACUAUGGACGGUCCCUUGGCGGCCUGGAUCCAGUUGAUUCUGAUAGUGAUGGUGACGGUGCUCAUCCAUUCGAAUCCGGAAGAUAUGGUAAAGUGGGCUUCUUAGAUGCUGGUUGGAAAGCUCUUCCGCACAGGACUAUGACUUUUCCUAAUAGGUACAACCCUCAAUCGGUAGCCAUCGGCAAUACGUUAUAUGUGUUGGGUGGUUUUUCCAGAUCUCAAUUUUCAGCCGAAGCAGCUGCAAAAAGGGUUGGCUGGAUGGAGUCUUGUAACCCCUACUCGGGAUGGAAACCCUUGCCCAAUCCUCCAUCUGGUUUUUCAUUUAACGAUGAUCCUCUCAUUUGCACUGCUCUUGAUGAUGAAGAAAAGAUUCUUGUAGCUCAAUAUAAUCAUGUCGAUAUGAACUGUGAUUCUGCUAAAUUCUAUGUUUAUGAUGUGAUGAUACAACGUUGGACAACACUUGAGCCUCCGGUGCGCAAGCUAUUUGCUCGGUAUCCUGACCGGACUGGUAGAAGAUCUGUAGCUGUUGGUCAUACUCUGUAUUGGGGUUUGUUUGAAGACGAGGAUAUCAAUGUACAAGCUUACGAUCUAAAAAAGGAUAUUUGGUUCCACGGCAGUUUCAACAUUCGCCCUGUUCUUGGGAAAGAUGAAUUUCUGGCUGAUAAUGUAUUUCCAGCAUCACCUCCUUUGCUUCAUUUGGCUAAUCAGAGAUUCUGUCUUUUCUUGCUCACCUCCAUCUAUGAUGAGAAAAACUGCGAACACGAUUACUAUGACCAUGUCUGUUACAAAGUCCAUGGUGAUGUCAAUGUCGAUGACAAGGAGGACAAUGCCAAUUACCAUGUCCAUUUUCAUGACCAUUUCUGGAGGCUGAGUAUUUCCUUUGUGUCCAUACACAAGUAUCCCUUGGUUAAUCCCAUACAGCUCUUGGAUGCUGUGGUUCAGAAGCACCUACCGAUGCACCCACUGCUGCCUGAACUAGAAUUUUCUCAAGAUCAACGUUUUGAUCCACUGUUGCCCGAACUAGAAUUUUCUCAGGAUCAAUAUUUUGAUUGGUUUGAUAAGGGAAACAUCUCCUAUCCUUUAAAUAGUAGUGCAGGUUAUAUGACUGAGAUUUGAGCAUGAUGAUUUCUGGCCAAAGAAAGACAAUUGGUGAAAAGAAAUCAUCGGCAAAAUACCAAUUUGGUAUACAUUAUUGUCCUACUAGUAAAGUACUUCCUAAAAAAAAUAUUUGGUCAAGACAUGGCACAAAUUCAAGAAGCAACCCAAUUCCCAAAUCAAAACCCCCAUGAACUCUGCAGACAAACCCAUCGUGAACCCAUCAAGAUCCGCGGUGGUGGCGACGGCAAGUUUCUCUUCGCUUUCUUUCUCUUGUGCUUUUUUCUUGCCAUUGUUGGAUUUGGAUUUGUUGGGGUUUUUUUCGUUACUGGGAUUAUUGGUGGGUUUUUGUCGCCGUCGAGCCACCGCCAUCAAGCUGAAGUAGAUCUCUCACGGUCUCACCAUCACCGGCAACCUAGAACGAACAAGAUGGAGAGGUUUUGUGGGUGGAGAAACAAAGAGGUAUGGGUUUCAGCUGGUUUCUUUGGAAUAGGUUUUUUUAUUUUUGGUCGCUGCACUUUGUUUGUGGGUUUUUAGCAAGUUUAUUUGUGGAUUUUGGGAGUGCCCACUUGAGUCUCCAAUAGGCAAUUGCCUUGGUGAAUCGUCCCACACACCUUACGUGCCACCAGGACUCCACACGCACCAGUUUGCACUGAUAGCCUCAAUCAUGUUUCCCCAUGCAGUGACAUCUCCUCUACUUAUGCCAUGAGUCAUUUGUAUCUUGUCAAUGGCAGUCUGCUCCACUAAGAUAGAUGAAAUUUUAUUAGACAUGAAUUUUAAAGAGUGUUUCUGUGUCUUUGCUUCCAUUGAGUUGUAUAAUCAUGGGAUGCCUUAUCGAGUGAAGCCAGAUCAGUAAUGUAGUUUUUAAUUUAU